AUGGCUAGGCCAAACACUCCCAGAACCCCCGAGCGGGCGAUGCUUAGGGCAGACGUGGACGCUGAUGCACUGCCAUUCGCGAUUGCUAGAGAUGAUGCAAUUAGCCCUAGUCCGAGACGAAGCCAGCGAUCUAGCAAGCCACCAACUGUCACCCCUCGUCGCUUCAAGCGUUUCUUCGCACCCCGAGUUAAAUUUCCCCAAGAUAUCACUGCUGAUGCUCGUCCGCCGCUCAAGGAAGUACGAGAGUCUGAGCUGAAUACUCGACGAAACAACCCCGACGAACGUCCGGCCAAGAGAAGACGCAUAUCAUUCAUUGCAUCCCCGCUGUCAUCUUCGCUGCCUUCAUCGCCAGUCCAGCGAGUUGGCUUUCUCUCGAGCAGCCAGGACAACAUGUCUGAUGAUGACGGCGCCUACGAUGGCGAAGACAUUACGAUGAGCGACAGCGACGAUUCGAGUUCGGAAUCGGACAUCGAGGAGCAAGCCCCUUACGGCAGGUGCAAACCAUACAGACAGAAGAGUCUUUCCGCGAGGCUGCUGUCCAUGAGAAUAGAUGGCCUUCCGCAUAGACAAUCUCCCGUGGUCGGCAAUGAUCUGUGGCAGCACGAAACUGCGAACUUCUACACCUCACCCUCUGAUUCCAACCUCGACAAAGGCGAGACUCUGCCCUACUCGCGCGUUCGAUCCAUACCUGCGAUACCUUUCUGCACUACCAGUUGCAACACGAACUCGUUGAUCGUUGUUGGCGACGAAGAUGGCUAUGUACGUUUCAUAGAUUCUGCCAACGACCAACAACAGAAAUUCAACAAGACGUUUCUGACCAUCAAGCCCCACGACAAUGCGAUCAUGGACAUGGAAUUUUCUUAUGAUGACAAGUACCUGGUCACUGCUUCCGGAGAUCAAACCUGCCAGAUUACCGAUGUUCAGAGACAGAAGUCCAUCGUGUCGCUGAGCGGUCACUCUUGCUCGGUCAAGAAAGCCCAGUUUCAUCCUGGCAAUCCUAAUCUCCUCGUCUCCUGCGCCCGAGACGGUGAUAUCAACAUCUGGGAUCUUCGCGAGAAUCCUUGUGCACUUCCCCCUCGUGUCGCUCGGAAUCAGAUCACGGAUGGCAUAACAGCUCGCGCCCCUGUGCGUACAAUCUGGGAUGCACACCGUCCUGGCAAAGUCAAGGCGAAGACUCGUUUCAGCACCGACCGCAAUGACAUCUGCAUCACUUCCAUGUCUUUCCUUGACGAGACCAGACCCUAUCUCUUCGCAACAGCUUCUGACAGCAAUACAAUCGUCAAGCUGUGGGACAUCCGCUCGAAGCAUACGCGGUAUAACAGCACGGUCCCUAUCUCUCAAACCGAAGAACCCACGUCACAUAUUAGCCACCGCCGCUUCGGUACCACUUCUAUGGCUCUGAGCAGCGAUGGGUCCAAGCUCUACACACUCUGCCGGGAUCACACCGUCUACGCUUACUCGACAUCACACCUCAUCCUAGGCUCGGCGUCUGAAAUGCAAGCUGGGGCCACCAAAUGGAAGGGCGAGAAGUUCGGCGCCAAAUCCGGCCUUGGACCUCUUUACGGCUUCCGCGAUCCUUCAAUGGCCAUCGCGACUUUCUACUGUAAGCUCGCAGUGCGAAAAGCCACCGAGACCCAGCCAGAGCUCCUCGCUGUAGGUAGCAGCGAUGAAUGCGCCGUCCUCUAUCCGACCGACUCUCGCUACCACACCAAGGCCUCCCGCACUCUUCCCACUGUCUCAGCUGACCUCGCCAACCAGCGGUUGGGCCGCUUGCGUCUCACACGCACAGACCACCAGUCAGCGACUCUGUCGCUCAAGAAACGGGCAUCAGAGGAUGAUAUUCCCAUCUACUACAUCGGCUCGCCGCUCGCCAAGGGUCACACCAGCGAGGUCACGGGCGUGACAUGGUCGAAUGAAGGCAAUCUGGUCACGAUCAGCGACGACCACCGGACACGGUGCUGGAGAGAAGACGAAGCGCGCGCGAGGUAUUACCGCUCGGAGUAUGAGGGCGAGGCCGACAGAGCAGGUGCGGGGUGGGCCUUCUUGCGCGACGAGGACUGGGAUGACGAGGUCUGA